AUGGCACCCCCCAAGCUCCAGGCCAGCUCCACCUCCGUCAGCGGUAGUACUACCAGCGAACACGCAAACGUCGGUGCCGGCACCAGUGGCAGUGGCAGUGCAGACGGUGAGACGUCGAGUGCUGCCUCGUCUUCGAACACCAACGCCCAAGCUGCACCACCAACUGCAGCGGGUGCAUUGCCACGCUCGCCCCCGUCUCCUUCUUCAUUGCCCCCAUCCUCGUCGUCUCAGUCCUCCCCUUCCACCAACACACAAUCAACGCACAAGCAGUCCACAACUUCGGCGUCAUCCUACUCUGUCUUGCCCAAGAUGUCGGAUCCCGCGCCCCCCCCUUCGGCUGUGACAUCGUCUUCAAAGCGGAUGCAGAAAGAAGCUGGCGCUGCCGCCGGUCCUGACGCGAACAGCGCGAACGCCACGUCUACUCCUGGCGGCACCCCUUCGCCCUACGGCACGCGAUCGCGCAACCGAACAGGCGGCGCGCGUCCCAACUAUGCCGAGGACAAGGACAUCGACGGCGAGCUUUUUGAAAUGUACCCCAGAGAGGACGACCCCAGGAAGCCAGCAUCGCGAGCCUCCACGUCAGCUGCGGUUAAUGGAGCGCUUGUUCCCGCGUCGUCCUCCCUAGAGCGAGAGCCCCUUCGCCCUUCGAGCGGCAGUGCCGGAAACAGCAGCGGUAAUGGCUCAAGCGAUAGAGUUCGCAAGCCGCUGCCUACCGGCACAGCAGCCUCUUCUUCUGACGCCAAUUCGAGCACCCAAGGCAGCCAGGGCCAUCACGGCAGCAACGGCAGCGGCAAUGGUAGAUCGGCAUCGUCUCAUGCACAGCAGAAAGAGCAGAAAGAGGCAUCCGUUCCGACCGCCCCGUCCGCCUCAUCCUCGUCGGCAAACGGCAGCCAGACGCAUUCCAACCCACGAAAGCGCAAGGCCGCCGCUGCAGGCGAAAAGUCCAAUGCCAGUGCGAGUGCCAGCACCAGCACCAGCACCAGCACCAACAUCAGCACCAGCACCAGCACCAGCACCAGCACCAGCACCAGCGCAGCCCAAACCUCGUCGGGCACCUCGCACAUCACCAGCACCUCGCUCCGUAAGAGCGGAGCCUCUGCCGCUGCGACCGCUGUUGCGUCCCAGAAACGCGACGCGAAAGGUUACGCCAACACCAACCUCUUGACCUUCGAAAAGCGAGGUGCCCGGCCCAACAAAGACGGCGAUAUGGUGGCCGACGAUGGCACUGUGUUGAGCACCAAUGAUCAUGUCUAUCUCGUUUGUGAACCGCCCGGUGAGCCGUACUAUCUGGCCCGGGUGAUGGAGUUCUUGCAUGCCAAAAACGACCCGUCGCUGCCGGUCGAUGCUCUGCGGGUGAAUUGGUACUAUCGCCCUAGGGACAUCGGCCGCAAGGCGCAGGACACCCGCUCCAUUUUCGCCACCAUGCACUCAGACACCACACCCCUGACUGCCUUGCGUGGCAAAUGCACCAUUAAGCACAAGGCCGAAAUCGACAAUUUUGAGCAGUUCCGCAAGACCCCAGAUUGCUUCUGGUUCGAGAAGCUCUACGACCGCUACAUCCAGAAAAACUACGAGAUCAUUCCCACCUUUCAGAUCGUCAACGUGCCAGAGCGCGUCAAGAAGGUGCUGCACGAGCGCUGGCGCUAUGUGCUGGUCGAGCAGGGUCGUGGAAAGGACCUGACCGCUGCGGCGAAGCAGUGCAAGCGCUGCAGUGGUUUUUGUGCCAGCAACAACUCUGUUGAUUGUGCGGUCUGUGCAAACACUUACCACAUGAACUGUGUGCGGCCGCCCCUCUUAAAGAAGCCGUCACGUGGUUUUGCCUGGUCUUGCGCCGCCUGCAGCCGCGCUCAAGAACGUCUCCUAGAGGCUCGCCACACGCCCAAUGUGAUUGACGGGCGCACGCCCGACAUGGGUGCAUCGGCUACCACGGCCGCAGACGAUGACGACUUCGAUGACGACGACGAUGGCGCCUGCUGUCCCGACACCAACCGGACAAGCCCAGAAAACGACGAGGCCCAUCCGCCGGCAACGGCUGAGCAACAAUACCAAGCAAGCCUGUGGCCGUACCGGUAUCUCGGCAUGCACUGCAAGGUCGAAGAUGCCCUGGACUACGACGAUCGCAUUUAUCCCCGCGCUGCCACCCGCGUGGGGCCUCGCCAUCAGGCCAACAUCGGACCUUGGCCCGGUCGGCCGGUGCAAUACGUGAUGCCGCCCGACAUCAAGAAGGCCACUCGUCGCGAGGCUCGUCAGAACAAGGAAGCGCUUGCCGCGUACGAGCGUGAGCGUGAGAGUCGUCCCAAGUGGAUCCAAGACACGCCGCCAGGAUACGUCGAACGCGGUCUUGACUUGGACGAAGAUGACCCCAAGUGUACCUCGUUCUUGGAGUACAAGCCGCCACCGGCUUCCCCCCAUUCUUUCUCUCCCGAGCCAGAUGAGUCGAAGAUGGACGUGGACGACGAGAGCGACAACCUCGCGACCUCGGACGAGGACAUUGACAAGUACAUGGCCAAGGCGGUCUCCCGGGCCUCAAAGCUGGGCGUGCCGCCACGCUCGACAAACCUGUACCACAUGGCCAUGGUGCUGCUGUAUCGGAACGGAUUCGAUUCCGGGGCAGCUCUCAAAGAGCUGGACCAGCAGAAACUGGCCGACUUCAAGGAGCCCUAUUUGACGCCUGCCGAGCAGAAGCGGUUUGAAGAGGCCGUUCUCAAGUUUGGCUCCGAGUUGAACCUCGUUACGCGACAUGUCAAGUCGGUGUUUUACGGCAAUAUUGUCCGCUUCUACUACACGUGGAAGAAGUCAGACCGUGGCAAGCAGAUGUGGGGCAACAACGCCGGCCGCAAGGGCAAGAAAGAGGCCAAGGAGGCCAAGAAAGCCGAGGCCGAGGCAGCAUCCAAGUUCCAGGACGACGUCGCAGACGACAAUGACGACUCUGCAUUUGACACCGAUAAGGCGGAGGGAAUGAAGCGUCAAUUCCUGUGCAAAUUCUGCAGUACGAAGUCGUCGAGGCAGUGGCGACGUGCCCCAACAGCGUCUCCGGCCGCGGUCCUGAGCGAGUCGCUGGGCGGCAGCAGCAGCAAGAACUCGCACCGUGACCGGUCGCACAACCAGCACAGCCAGCAGCAUGUCGUGUCGCUGUGCCGACGCUGCGCCGAGCUCUGGCGCCGCUACGCGGUGCAGUGGGAGGACACGGAAGCGCUGAUGCAGAAGGCGGCAACGCUUGGAGCGCGACUCUUGAAACGCAAGAUCGACGAGGAGAUCUUUAAAGAAAUCACGGCUGCCGACGAGAUGAUGCACAUCACUGACGCGCAGUACAACACGCUGCACCCCCACCAGAACGGAUCGGCAGGCAGCGUGUCGGAGCCACCCCGGAAGCGACUCAAGGGCUCCAGCGCCAACAACAAUGACAAGGAUGGCGAGCAGAACGCGUCAGACUCGGCCGCAAGCACAGCUCCGCCAGCCACAAUGUCGGGCAGAAGGAGAGACCGGUCAGACAAGAGCCACGCGGACAAAGCGGACAAGACGGCGGCAGCGGAAAAGCCGACGGUGACGGGCAAGGCGAGCACGGAAGGCUCGUCCGGAGCUGGCAUUUCUACUGCACCAUCGGUGCCUGAAGUCCCGCAGCCGAGAAAGCUGCCGUGCGCGAUCUGCAACCAGAUGGAGCUGCCGACAGAAGACCAACGGGUGACGUGCCGGGACUGCCGGAUGACGGUGCACCGCAGCUGCUAUGGGGUGAUUGAUAACCGCAAUCCGGCCAAAUGGCUCUGCGACAUGUGCAGCAAUGACAGGAAUCCGCAGGUGUCGAUCGACUACCGGUGCGUGCUCUGUCCGGUAGAGCACACGGAACACGACUUUGUGGAGCCGCCACGGACGGUGCAUAAGAAGAAGUCGGACAAGGACCGGGAGCGAGAGCGGACAGAGCGCGAACAGGCGCAGAAGGCAGCCGAGUACUACCGCCGGCGCCAGGAGGAGCUCAACAAGCCGGUCAACCCGCGCGAGCCGCUGAAGCGGACGGCCGACAACAACUGGGUGCACGUGACGUGUGCAGUGUGGACACCCGAAGUCAAGUUUGGCGACGCCAACGCGCUGGAGCCGAGCGAGGGCAUCCCGUCGGUUCCGCGUGUGCGCUAUGGCGAAGUGUGCAAGGUGUGCCGGGGCACGGGAGGCGCAUGCGUGUCGUGCCACCUCUGCCGGGUGCUCUUCCACGUAGAGUGUGCGCACCAGGCAGGUCACAUCCUGGGCUUUGACCUGACGCCGUUUAAGGGCUCCCGCCGCGACCAGGCCAACAUGGUGGCGAUCAACGGAGUGACGGGGCUUCUGACGGCGGCGAUCUGGUGCAAGGAGCACAUACCGCUCAAGAGCUCGGUGCACCUGAUGCACGAGACGAUCGACAGCAGCAAGAUGACGGCACUUCAGCUCUACGUGGACCGCUAUAAGCAGGCCGACCUGGCGCUGACAGGUUGCGCUCGCAAGGCGAAUCUCCUCACGCUAGCGGCCAAGAUGUCUGGUGGUCCGGGAUCGACAGCAGACCAGACAGCCAGUGCCGGCAGCAGUGACGGCAGCAGCAACAGCAGCACCAGUGGCAACGGUAUCAACAGCAACGGGGCUAGCAGCAGUGGUCGACGGACAUCGCUGCAUCUAAAUGGGACCGCUGGCAACGGAGCCAAGAACGGCACGGCCAGCCACGAGAGUCGGUCGGCAACCCCAGAGUCUCGACGUCCCGGAGGCAAGAUCUGCUUCACGUGCGGCACCGACGUCAGCCUCAAGUGGUAUCCGAUCGACAAGGCACAGGAGCGCGAGAUGACCAACGGUUUCUACGGCAAGCUGGGCUCGGACGCGCAGAAGUUUGUGGCGCAGCGCAACUUUCAAUGCCACAAAUGCAAAAAGGCCGGGAAGCAGCCCGUGCCCCACGAGCACUACGGCACGCCUGCCUACGCGUCGGAGGUCAAGACGGAAGAAGACACCUUUGUCGAGGCGCUGCAGCGUGUAGCACCACAGUAUCAUCAGCCGCCUCACCUGUCGCAGGCACAGACGCAGCAUCAGGCACAUCAGGCGCACCAGGCGCACCAGCCACAACCGCCUCAGCCACACCAGUCACACCAGCCACACCAGGUCCAGCGAUCACCUCUGUUCCAGUACCUUGCCGGCGGUGAGCAGGCCUCGUCUGAGCAGGGCCGCAUGUCGCUAUCGCACACACACGUGCACCCGAUGAUGUCGUCGAGCCACUCACCUGACCGGAACCGUUACUGGCAGUCGACGCCGAACAGCGCAUCUGCCGUUGCUGCGGCUGCGACCGCGUCCGGACCAUCGAUCAUCUCACCACCACCAGCACCACCAGCCUCGUCACUGCCACUCACAGCCCCGGCGUUGUCGAUGCGGCCUCCGCCAAGCAGCGGUAGCCCGCCGCCACUGGUAGCCCAUCCGUCACAUGCGCAGCCGAUCCACCAUUCUUCGCACUCACCUCCUCUGAUGCAUCCGGUUCCGCGAUCGUCCAUCAUGGCUCCGCGUACAGUCCCGCCACCACAGCAGCCGCCACACUCUCCCUACGGUGUGUCAGCCUCGCCUGUGUCUUCUUCCGUGUCGGGCUACCCUGACUGGCGUCGCCCAUCGUCCAAUGCGCCGGCACCGCCACCUUCUGCCCCCUCGUCUUCAUCCUCCCGUCGAGACCCGCUGUCGGCCUCGGCAGCAGCGAACAGCAGCAUCCCACCUCUGGCGCACAACCACCUGCGGCCUCCGUCAUUGCCGAUCUCGCACUAUGCCUUUCCUACCUCAUCGAGCAGGCCGAACAGAGGCGCCAGCAGCGGAUACCUGGGACAGGGCCUGUUGAAUGGCCGCCCCCCCUCGCCACAGAUGCGCAUGGGUGGCGUGCCGCUUUCGCACAGCAACAGCAGCGGCGGAAGCACGAGCAAUUCCUGCAGCCACACGCUUGGACUCGGCCACGCACACGGACUCGGACACGGGCACUCGCCGCACGGCUCCUCGACGUCACCGCCGCUGGCAUCACGUCUGGUCAAUGAUGGAAGUGGACAUAUGCCCUUUUCACAAGUUCUCCAUCCACACCGGUCAGCCUCAGCUUCGUCGUCCUUUGCCAACGUGGCUCUGGGCGCCAAUGUGACGCGGGAAGACUUUACCACCUUGGGUCGAGACCGGGACCGGGACCGGGACCGGGAACGGGAACGGGAGCGCGAGAGAGAACGCGAACGUGGCCCCUUGGCCAUAGCACGAGCGAGCGAUCCACGGGCUGGCGAGACACGCAGCGGCAGUGCUGCCAGCUCCAACCCAUCAUUGCGAAACCUGUUGUCUUGA